GCCAGUUGCCUCUCAAAAUCGCAGGUCAGAAGCGUCGUCUUUCAUUCUUCUGUGCUCGUCCUGUAGAUCAGUCUUUCCCCGGGACGCAAAUCGUCCUCUGAUAGAGACGAGUUUGGGUGUCCUUCUCGAGUUUUUUCGCCGCUGCCCAACACCAGUGCAUUGUUCCUGGGACUACCAGGCUGAUGUGUUUCUCGUUCCGUUUUGGAAGACCUUCGCUGCCGAAAGAACAGAAGUUCGCUUUGCCCACAAGAGCUCCUUGAACCUCUCCUCGCCUGCGCACACACGUCCCUCUGCGCCUCUCCUCGCUGUGCGGAAUGUGAAUCGUGAAGCAUUCUCUGCUCGGCGCGCCUCUCUGUUGUUCGGCAGUCCUUCCGUGUAUGUACCCGUUUUGUGCGGCACAGUCUCAGGCAAAAACAGGGAUCCAUUUUAAGAAAAAGCGCAUGUCUCGGACACCCACCAUGAGGGCUCCCGCCGCACUUCGGUUCCCGUCUUCGGGGGCACCUUCCUCUUUCUCGCAGAUCUCCAACAACGAAAAGAUGACGCUGCUCGCGUCGAUCUUCAGGGCGAAUCGAUCAAAGAAGCCGGAUGCGUCCUUCCUCGCGUCUCCGAUCGCCGCCAGGCAGCUUCGCCUCGGUGCUCGCUGGGUGGGUCAGGGGACUCUCGCGCAUGCAAAUUCCGUCGUCGCUCCUCUCCCGCGUUCAGCUCCUGUCUCCGUCGGCGCUUUGCCCUCUUUCCUCUCGUCUCGCAACUUGGCUGGCUUGUCGUUCUUUGCCUCCAAGAAGACAGAAGCAAUCCAAGGUGAGAAGACGGUGGAGCCGGCGCGCCUUGCCGACCCUCCCGCAGGCGCAGGCGCCUCUGCUGCGGCAGAGGCGCCGGCCUCCCCGUCUCCGGCGUCGUCUUCAGCAGAGGAGAAGCCUGCGAAAGGCUUCUUAUCGUUGUUUUCCCCAAAAAAUGACAAGCCUCGGGGCGCCUCUGUGGAGAGUCCUGCUGCUGAAAACGCGAGGAAAAUCAGAGAACAAGGCAGUCAAGUCGAGAGCGAGAAGCCGCACCAAGAGCCCCAGCAGAAGAGGCGCUUCUUCUUCGGGCGCUGCAAGACCGCCGAGAGCCGCGACUGCGCAGGCUCCGGUGUCUGCGCUCCCAAGAAGAAGGCGAAAAUUCCCCUCGCCUCGCGACUCUGCAGCUUCCUCUCCGGAUUCCUCAUCGCCAGUGGCUGUGCUUUCUACAUCAUCUACUACCAACUCGACGAAGCGACAGUUCACCUCCACAUCCUCGCAAAGGACGCCGCCUACCGCAUGGCUUCCGUCGAGAAGAAGCUGCAUGCACUUGAAAAGCAGAUCGGCCAGAAAGAGCUCGGCAACGUCGAGGACGCAGCUCGAUGAGCGCGCAGAGCCACCAGCGUGGAAAGAGAGUGAGGGACGGACUCCUGCAUGCACAUCCUUCAGUAAGCCGCUUGCUGGACAGAAAUCGCGAAAAACGAGGAAGCUUCUCUCCAGGACUCUAGAGAGUGAAGGAGAACACGGACGAAGAAAAAGAAGCUGGCCGGGACUCCGCGAACAAGUGAGACCUUCUCCAGGAAGGUGGUAACUAAAAAGAAAGUAAACGUUCGAUGCUUCGAUAAGGAAAAAGAGAAGAGAGGUGGAGAGCGGGAAGAGAAAUUGCGGGAGGCGGCCAAACAGAAAGGCCGUAUGCGUCUAGAACCCCAAAUUUCAUAGACCUCGCAAACAGGAAUGAACGAGAGCGUCUUUGUUGUUGCAUUUGAUAGUUUUGACGAAGAAAGCUCGAACUGGCAGGAUCCGUCGAUGCAGCAAGGACAGUGUGAGAUCGUGAACCAUCUUUUCGUGUUUUCGGCGAAGUCCCAGGAUCUGCUGAGCGCUUCGCUUCUUGUGGCCUCGACCUCUUCGGCCUUUUGUUUUCAACUCCACCAGUAAAAAAGUUCCCUUCUCGAAUUUCCUGUUGAUCGUUCGAAACUCACGUGACAAUGCUGGAUCCUAAUGCUCUUUCCCUUAUCGGAUGCGUGCAGUUAUAUAUAUAUAUAUAUCAUACAAGUAUAAGUAUAUAAACAAAUAACUGUAUAAAUAUAUGCAUGUCUCUCGCAUUGUAGAGUUGAAUAUAUACACGAUAUGUCGAACGCGAAACAGUUG